CCCUCUGUUCCCCCGCUGUCACGUGACUACCCCCACACAGCCCCGCCCCCCGCACCAGCACUCACGUGACCUUCAGCCCAAGAUGUCGUCUCGCGCCGAGCCAACUUUCCGUGUGGGUGAUCACACCCACCCCGUGCCCAUGGCGCUGUUUUCCGACAACCGGCGCCGCCUGUGCGAGCGCCUCCGUGCCCGCGCCGCCGCCACGGCCGGCGAUGCCGGUGGUGCCGGUGGUGCCGGUGGUGCCGGUGGUGCCGGUGGUGCCGGUGGCGGCGCCUGGGUGGUGCUGCAGGGUGGCGAGCAGACUCAGCGCUACUGCACCGACACCGACGUGCUGUUCAGGCAGGAGUCGUUCUUCCACUGGCUCUUCGGGGUGCAGGAGGCCGACUGCUUCGGCGCGCUGAGCGUGGACUCGGGACGCUCGCUGCUCUUCGUGCCCAAGCUGCCCGAGGUGUACGCCACCUGGAUGGGCGCGAUCCACCCCCCACAGCACUUUGUGACGAAGUACGGCGUGGACGAGGUUCACUUCACCUGCGACAUUGCUCAAGUGUUGGAGGGGAAGUCUCCGAGCGUGCUGCUCACGUUGAGGGGCGUCAACACGGACAGCGGCCACACCUCCCGUGAAGCGGCCUUCGAAGGGAUCAGCCGGUUCACGGUGAACAACACGAUACUUCACCCUGAGAUCAGUGAAUGCCGCGUUUUUAAGAGCCACAUGGAGCUGGAGCUCCUGCGCUACACCAACCGUGUCUCCAGCGAGGCUCACAAGGAGGUCAUGAAGAAGAUCCGACCUGGCAUGAUGGAGUUUGAGAUGGAGAGCCUCUUCCAGCACUACUGCUACAGCCGUGGAGGGAUGCGUCACGUCUCCUACACCUGCAUCUGUGGGAGCGGCCACAACUCCUCCAUCCUGCACUACGGCCACGCGGGCGCUCCCAACGACCGCAAGAUUCAAGACGGAGACAUGUGCCUGUUCGACAUGGGUGGUGAGUACUGCUGCUAUGCGUCUGACAUCACGUGCUCCUUCCCGGCCAGCGGUCGCUUCAGCGCCGACCAGCGCAGCAUCUACAACGCCGUACUGGCGGCGUCACGAGCCGUCAUCGCGGCCGCGAGGCCUGGGGUCUCGUGGGUGGAUCUCCACCGCCUGGCCGAGCGAGUCCAGCUGACGGCGCUGCGUGACGCCGGGCUGCUGCAAGGCGACGUGGAGGCCAUGGAGGCCGCCGGGCUGUGCGCCACCUUCAUGCCGCACGGCCUGGGACACCUCCUGGGCUGUGACGUGCACGACGUGGGGGGGUACCCAGAGGGAGUGGAGCGACCCAGCGGUGAAGGGGUGCGCUCCCUGCGCACGGCUCGCGCCCUGUCCCAGGGCAUGGUGCUCACCGUGGAGCCCGGCCUCUACUUCAUCCCACACCUGCUGCAGCAGGCACGCCAAGACCCUCGCCUCGCCCCCUUCCUCGUGCACGACGAACUCCGCAGAUUCCACCACUUCGGGGGGGUGCGUAUCGAGGACAACGUUGUGGUGACGGCUGACGGCGUGGAGGUCCUCACCUGUGUCCCACGCUCUGUGGAAGACAUCGAGGCGCUGAUGGCGCUGGGACGAGACCAGGAGGCCGAGGGGGGGAGGGACGUGGCCCAGGCUAAGGGGGGUGAGGGGGCACAUUAGUGUUG